CACACACACACACACACCAUACUCCACUUUUCACAACUCACAGCUCCUGUGCAAUCAUCACACACUCCUUGGAGGACCAUCGUCUCUCUCUUUCCUUCUCUCACGUGACUUGUGGCGAAAGUUUAAAAGGUUUUAACUUCUCUUUUAAUAUUUUUGGAAGUAACAUCAGCCGACAACGCGGUGAGCUCCCUUCUCUUGUCACCGCAGAUGGAAGGGCUUUGACUCGCACUAGCCUGGAGUUACAUUAUGGUUCUGGACCAAGCUGUCAACAUGAGUUUGAUGGACAUUUCCAAGAUCUUCUCCCUGCUGCAGCCCAAGGAGGAGGAUGAGGACAACGAGCAGUGUCAGGCCCUGAACAACGCCGUGAGCGGCGACAGCGCGGCCCUGCUCUCCGAGCUCCUGUCUCAGGAGAGUUACAGGAGGUCUAUCAAUGCUCGGUGCGGGUGGGGGGUCCCGGUCACCCCCUUGCGCACGGCCGCCGCUCUGGGACACCUGAGGUGCCUGGAGUUACUGUUGGAGCACGGCGCAGAGAUUGACAGCCUGGAUGUGAAGGCGCAGACGCCCCUGUUCACAGCGGUCAGUGGGAAACAUCUGGACUGUGUGGUGGCCCUGCUGAAGGCCGGGGCCGAUCCCAACGGCAGCCAGCACAACAACUGCUCCCCGGUGCUGACCGCCGCCCGGGAGGGUGACGUGGACGUGCUCCGAGAGCUGCUGCGCUACGGAGCCGAGGUGGACGCCAGACCCAAAGUGCCCGAGUGGGCCUCCAACGGCACGGCGUGCAGGGGGCCCCUCUACAUCUCAGCUGUUUAUGGACACCUGGACGGCUUUAAGCUGCUCCUCCUGCACGGGGCCAACCCCAACUACAACUGCACAGACGAGAAGCUGCUGGCCAGGAUAAAGCAGCCAAAGACAGUUCUGGAGGUGUGUCUCCGUUAUGGCUGCGGGGUGGAGUACAUCCAGCUGCUCAUAGACUUCGGGGCAGACGUGUAUCUACCGACGCUGAUCAUCGACAAGACGACCAAGCAGAACGAAGCUCUGGCUCUGCUGCUCAAGGAGAGAGUUUUUCCCAAAACACUGAUGUCUCAGACUCGGCUGGCGAUCCGAAGACACCUCCCCUUCUCUGAUAAAGAGCCUGCCAUUGACAGUCUGGACAUUCCUCUGAUCCUGAGAAACUACCUGAAGCACGGCACCUCUGAACUCAUGUGAUGCUCAUGCCCGCCUCAGAUAUAGGCCUAAUGGCCAGUGAAUUUGAUUUUUUACCUUCGCUGCUGUACCCACGACUGGAUGAUUGAUUUUUAGACCAUUAGUUUCCCACAAGCAGGACAAGAUACCACGCACACACACAACCUCUCUAAGUGCACACUGUGUAAUCUUUGUCCUUGACUUUGGCGGUCACUAUUGUGACCAAGUGCUGUGAAUUCCUGUUUUUAUUAUUUAUAUAUGCACAUUUAUAUCGAUGUUUGUCACUUCCUGUAGCUGAGUUUUUUUUUCAUAGAUACUUUUUAAAUCUGCAAA